AUGACUUUCACAGCACUAUUCCUGGCGCUGUGCGCCUUCCCAAUCCGAGCCGUUGGCGGAGCUUCUGCUAUCCCUCAACAGGCAAAUCCAAGUGCCAAUCCCCACUGUGGCUCUGACUUUUGCACCUGGUGGCACGACACUGCGGAAGUCAACAUCCAUAGCGCUGUUCGGCCGGAAAAUGUCAGACAGUCGCGUCGGUAUCUGGUCCAAGUUGCAGCCGCGGGUACAAACGAUUUCUUCGACUCAUUUGUGUACGAAACUAUUCCCCGGAAUGGAAAUGGAAAUGUUAUGAGACCGGGAGAUAGUCCGGCAAGCAACACAUUCAAUGGUACCGAUGGCAUCUCCAUUGAGCUGGAAGCCGGCAUUAACAUGGCAUGGUCACACUUCGAACACGGUAAAGACGUCGACGUCAAAAUCUCCAGACGUGACGGGAACCCUGUUGACCAGAAUGUUAUUCUCCGGCCCGCUGCGAUCCCGUAUGACCUGAAGCAUUCUGAUGGUAGUGUCAUCAUCCGCGUCCCUGCAGACCCCAAUGGUCACAGGUUCUCCGUUGAGUUUGACGAGGACCUCUUCACGUACCGUUCAGAUGGGCAAGGUUAUACGACACAUGGUGAGGGAGACAUCGUUGGCGUGGAACCGAGGAAUGCUCUGCUCAUAUUCGCAAGCCCUUUUCUUUCAGAGGAUCUCAUCCCACCCAUGGACGGCAGUGACACCAAAGUGAUGAAGCCAGGCCCAAUUACCGUGGAAGACAUUGAAGCGUCUCCAAUUGUGUAUUUCCCGCCUGGCGUAUACUAUGUCAAUUCAGACCCGAUCGGAAAGGCCCAUCUGAAGCUGGACCCAAGUACAUAUUGGGUGCACUUAGCUCCUGGCGCCUACGUCAAGGGAGCCGUUGAGUACACCACGCCGAGGAAAGACUUCUAUGCAACUGGGCAUGGAGUUCUCUCGGGUGAGAUCUAUGUGUACCAGGCGAAUGUCGAAAAGAAAUAUUUCAAUAUCAAGGACGACGUGACCAGCCUCCGAAUGUGGUGGCAUCGAAACAUUCAGGGUGGCCAAACUUGGCAUUGUAUCGGUCCUACUACGAAUGCUCCACCAUUCAACAGCAUGGACCUGAAGGAUGGUGCAACUGAUAGGGACGACAUUUCUGUUGAAAUCUCCGAUUACAAACAGGUUGGUGCCUUUUUUACGCAAACUGAUGGUCCCCAAAUGUAUACAAACGGUACCAUCCAUGAUGUCUUCUACCAUGUGAACGAUGACGGUAUCAAAACUUAUCACUCCGGUGUGAAUGCGACCCGUCUUACGAUAUGGAAGGUGUUCAAUGACCCUAUCAUCCAGAUGGGCUGGACACCUAGGGACGUUCACGGCAUUUCAAUUGACACGCUUUAUAUAAUCCACACACGGUACCAGUGGAGCGACACUUACGUCCCUACCUCUAUCAUCGGUGCUUCGCCAAGUUACCUCAAUGAUCGGGAGGUCGACUCCUCGAAAUCAAUGAGUAUGUCUCUGUCUAACAUCAGUUGUGAAGGGUUAUGUCCAGCCUUAUUUCGCCUCACACCCCUGCAGAACUAUGUCAACUUUACAGUUAGUGGAGUUAGCAUGCCUGAUGGGUUGAUUGGUGGGGAUGUCCAUACUGGUGACAGCAUUAUUGCAACGACUCCUGCAACGACCUAUCCUGGAUUGGAGGAUCUCAAGAUGGAUUUACGCAUUUCUGACUGGACUGUUAAGGGAAAUAAGGUUACUACACAGAAUGCUGCAACACUUGGUCAAUUCCAUAUCAACAAGGCUUAUGCAGGACAGUGGUCGAUUUCCUGA